CAUGUAUGUGUGUGUGUGUGUGUGUACGCACGCACGAUCGAGAGCAUUGAAAGUAGUGCACGUGGUGUCGAUGAUUCCGGAUUUCACGGUUUCAGGCGGAGCGUACUACUCGACAGUGAUAUUCUACCGGGUAACGUAAAAUUGCGAAGUCUGCCUGUAGAGAAUUUGUACGUACGUGAGCAAUGGUCAACGCAUAGAACUUAUUUGAACUUGAAAGCGUCGCAUAACCUAAAACAUGGUUCGCUUCAAGAACAGAUACAUCGCGUUCGAAAUAACUCUUGGUAACAAGUCUGAGAAGCCUUUUCCUCUGAAAACCACAACGUUACAUUUUACUAUUCAACGAAAAGUGGAACAGUUGUACGGGGAAUUCGGCGAUGCCGCGAUAAAAGCUGGUUUUACCGCGAAAUAUUGCAACGCACACACGAGGAUAGCACUGGUCAAAACCAGACACGGACCUCAUACAUUUUUACUAACCGCAAUACCAGCCAUAAACGAUAUCGCGGGACGUUUAGUGUCCGUAAAAAUACUUUACGUGGGCGCUACGUUGAAACAUUGUUUCCUUUUCAUAAAAAGAUAUCAGCAUAAAAAAUUGGAAGAAACAUGGAACACUCUCAAAACCGAGACGGAGCGAAGAAACAUGGAGAACGCUUUAAUGACGUUAACGCCGGCCAUGAAAGAUUUUGCGUAGAAGGUUCUGCUUUAACGAAUCGAAUAGUUUUAAGGUAACGUAUCAUGUUGAUAAACUGAGCACGACUGCUGUAAACGGUGUUUCACGAUAUUGAUAAGUUUUUCGAUAUUAAUCGUAAAUUAUUUCGUUCGUUGAAACUCUCCCCCCUCAAAUUCCUUCGCGUAUCCUUCGCUCAGGAUUAGGCAUUUUAUUUCAAAUAAGAUGAUAAACGAUCGAUUGAAAAUGAAUAUCUGCACACUUUUCCUUCCACUCGAUGUUUCGUGCACGUCAGAGUGAUUAGAGGUAAUGGAAAGAAAGGGCGAACUUGAAAUCUUUUUAAGCUAUGAUGAAAUGAACAAAAUUGAUCGUUCGAUGACUCGGCGAUCCGGCACAGAUCUUAGAAUUCGUCGCAUUACAAUUUUAUCACUCCUUCGCUCGUCGAGAGUCGAGAGCGGCGUAAAUUUGAAUUUUUAUGCGGGAACCAUUUUCCGCGUCACCGCCCACGUGACAAUCGACAGUCGACCAUUUGCUUUUUGCGCUCAUGUAUAUACGAUCGUCGUCGUCGUCGUCGUCGCUGUAUCGCAGUGUCAGACGCUAAGCAUUUUCUACGUAUUUCGGCAUACCGGCCUUCGAUUUAAUCUUCGAAACCUUGUAAUCCGAUUACCAGUUUAGACGCUUGAACAACAGAGACGCGUUUGUUUGUUCGAUCACUUGUUGAAUGUUUCCGGGAUACGUUGCUUUUCGCGUUCAAAUCACUGAAUAUCUGUGUAAGAAUAAAUCAUAAUGUUCCUUUA